AUGGUUGGUCCCGGCCCGGGUGCCGGCCGGGCUCCAGCUGUCACCAGCACCACUCCCGCAUCGCGUGCAGUUCAGGUUCAGGGUCAGAGUCAGGUUGCUGCACUGGCACAUCAUCAUCAUCAGCAGCAGCAGCAGCAGCAACAGUCUCUUUCAUCUGCCUCCCCUCCUCCUUCACUACUUCCUCCAACCACCACCAACGCCAACGUUGUCUCUGGCGUUUCCGCCGUGGCUUCGGCUGCUACUUCUGCUGCCCACUUGCACCUUAACCACCAUAACAGCCCCGGCGCUGCUUCUGCCUCCUCCUCCUCCGCGUCUUCUUCUUCUUCCUCCUCCUCCUCCUCCUCCCGCUCCCUCUCCCGCUCCUCCCACCCCCAUUCCCAGUCUCAUUCCCAUUCCCACUCCCACUCCCAUUCGUCCCACGGAUACUCCCACGCCAACCUUUACUCCAACCACAACCACGGACACGUCCAGCAACAACACCCUCCUCCUCCUCAUCCUCACCCCGGCCCAUCUUCUUCGACAACAUCCUCUUCUGCCUUUUACACCACCAACUCCAACGCCAACCCAGGCUUCACAAACGCCGCCGCCGCCGCCUCCGUCGUUCCUGAUCACGCCCACACUCCAGCCCACGCCGUGAGCAGCACUCGUCGUCCUUCUGCCAUGGAACCCGGCGACCCCUCCGACCUUGCCGCCCAAGAAGCCGCCGCUCGGGAUUAUCAGCCACAGCUCGAGGGUUUAUUGGUGGGCGACAAGAUCACCAGCGACGCCAUAACCGACGAGUACGCCAAGGCUGACGAAAUCUAUAUCGCAAAGACCAUCACAUAUUCUCACUAUCGCCCCAUUCAAGGUGACGGAAAUUGCGGCUGGCGAGCAAUCGGCUUCUCCUACUUUGAGCAUCUCAUCAACAAUGGCGACCAGCAUCAGAUCCUUGGCGAGGCCGCACGCAUUACGAGCUUAAAUCAGUAUCUCCUCAACGUUGGCGGCUACGAUCGGAUGUUGUUUGAGGACAUGGUGGAAGAGACGAUCGGCUUGCUAAAAGAUGUCGCCCAGAAUAUUGCCAACCCACAGCUGGCCAUGGACAUCAUGGUCCAGCGCUUCAACGAUCAGGGCUCCUCCAACGCCAUCAUCUACCACCUUCGUCUGUUGGCGCUCUCAUGGCUCAAGGGAAAUGUCGACCUCUACGAACCCUUUAUCCCCGCCGAGACGGGUAUCAUCGGCUAUUGCGCCGAAAUCGAACGCCCAAACAGAGAGAUUGACCAUCUCGGUAUCAUUCUGCUUGUUCAGGUGCUGUUGAAGCCUAUCAACUUCGUGCUGGAAAUUGCAUAUCUCGAUCGUAGCCCGGGAAACCAAGUCAACAUUUACCGCUUUCCGGACGAAGCCAAUGGUCAAGACCCAGCCACUCUGGGCCCCAUCAUCUACUUGCUCUACCGGCCCGAUCACUACGACAUUUUAUACAAGUCGCCUCCGAACCCGGCACCCUUGACUCUUCAGGUUCACCGUGUUGGUUCCUUUUCUCACUCUCAAGAGAUUGCGAGCGUGGGCCCCCCUUUGCACAGCUAUUCUCUCGACUAUGGCCCCUUGGCCAUGCUGCCCGGAUUCGGUGGCCCGCCCUCGGGCUUGUCUUCGGCUCUGUCUUCACUCGGCUCUCCCACAUCCACAUCUCCGCUCCCAGACGCCUAUGACCCUUCACCUCAGUCUCCUUGGCUCACGACGCCGUACUCUGAUCAUCACAUUCAGCAGCAGCAGCAGCAGCAGCAGCAGACGGCACCAGCCCCUCGACCACAGUCUCAAACGCCAGCUCGACCACAACAGUCGACGCCCGCCCCUACGAAGCCUUCGCAGCCCGUUGACUACCAGCUCAGAUUUAGUCACCAGUGCUGGCAUCUCAACAACACCAGCUCGACGCAACCAUCAGUGAUACCCGGCCAGGCAGGAUUCCAAGAACCCAGCUUUACUACUGCAAUGUUCAAAAACAGCCAUUUUAACAAGGCGCACUAUAAUAAUCCUCACUUUCAUCCCGAGGAGUGGACUCCUGACGAUGAUGGCCACCACGAGCGGCUGCCGGCGCCCAAGAAGAAGGGAAGGGCCAGGUCGGAUCACUAG